AACCUAUUACACUGAAGUUCCAGUGCCUGAACGUUUCUACUUCCGGUUCACCUGACGAAACGCCUAUGUAGUGUGUACCCGAGCACCCGAGACUUGCAGUUCUUUCGUGUGUUCUUCAAACCAAACGCGGUCCUUCAAAGCAUUCGUAUCGGAUAAAUAAAUGUCACUGAGGAUCUAAUGUGCAAUCCCACCCACAUUAUACAGGACGAAAAGUCAACUAUGCCGUACAUAAAACAGGAGGCGGAGCCAGAGACCCCCAGCAUUAAAGAAGAAGAACAGGAAGAUGAAAUCACUAAGUCUCCAAUGACGGUUGGUGUGAAGAGUGAAGAAGAUGACAGCUCAUUUCAUCACUUGAAACUAAAAGACAUCCCUGGAGAGCUUCACCCUGAAAUGUACGAUCCCACCCACGUGAUACAGGAGGAAAAGUCGGAGAUGCUGUAUGUCAAACAGGAGGGGGAGCUAGACAUCUUCUACGUGAAAGAAGAAGAACAGGAAGAGAAAAUCACCACAUUUCCAUUGACUGUCAUUGUGAAGAGUGACGAAGAUGAAGGUCCUAGCAAAGAGACUGGUGCAUUGACUCUUUUGAGCGACGGCUCAUUUUAUCACCUGAAACCAAACGGUGAGGGGCGAUUGCAACCAGACUGCCUCUUAGCUCCACUCUCGGACAGCGACGACAUAACAUCACACUCAUCGGACACUGACACUAAUGAGGAGGAGGUUAACUUGGACCAAAAUUCUUCGAAAUCCUUAAACAAGUCAUCACUGAUAAGAGAGACCAAAGAGUGCGUGGAUGGGAAACCUUUCGCCUGCUCAUUUUGCGAUAAAAGAUUUUCUCAGAAGAAAAUGUUAACAAGACACAUGCCAAAACACACUGGAGAAAAGUCCUUUGCCUGCACGCUUUGCGAUAAAAGAUUUUCUUGGAAGAAUAAUUUAAAAAUACAUAAGCGUACACACACUGGAGAAAAACCUUUUGCCUGCACCUAUUGUGGUAAAAGAUUUAGUCGGAAACAACAGUUAACGGCACACACGAGAAUACACACUGGAGAAAAGCCUUUUGCUUGUACGCUUUGCGAAAAAAGAUUUUCUCAGGAGUCUACUUUAAAAAUGCACAAGCAUACACACACUGGAGAAAAGUCUUUUCCCUGCACGCUUUGCGAUAAAAGAUUGUCUUCGAAGAGUAAUUUAAAAAUACAUAAGCGUACACACACCGGAGAAAAGCCUUUUUCCUGCACACUUUGCGAAAAAAGAUUUUCUUGGAAGCAUCACUUAACAAGACACUCACUUACACACACUGGAGAGAAGCCUUUUCCCUGCACAGAUUGUGGUAAAAGAUUUGCCCAGAAGAAAGAUUUAGACAAACACAAAAGAACACACACUGGAAAGGAGCCUCAUUUUGAUAUAGAAGCUUUUGUCGAAAGCGCCAGUUAACAUCACACACGGGUACACACACUGGAGGAAAAACUUUUAUCUGCACGUGUUGUGUUAAUAAAAUCCACUUGCAAGGGACAUUUUCGAAUUACAUUCCUUUCAAUUACAGUGUGUUCAGAGGUGAAAGUGGUUCUUAACUGGGCUUUGAUUGAACCCCAGGGGUUCGGUGAAGGUUAAGAAACACACAGCCCUAAUUUGUAUGCUGAUUAAAUCUAGGCAAAGUGGCGUUUUAGACCAGGUAUUGGACUGGUUUUGCCUCAAUUUACAGGCUUUAUUCCAUUUCUUUU